GGAGUACAGCCGGUUAACACCUAUGAUCUGAGCUGUGGUGAAGACUUUCACUCUACCUCUUGGGAUUAACCUUUCCGUGUCAAACUAAGGAUAUUCAUUUUGACGCAACAUCUGGAGCCCCAUACUGCGGAUCUAUGCGAACCCAACGCGGGACUCCUGCACGUUUGUGAAGCUGAAGAGGAGGAAUGUAUCGUUUCUUAGUGAAACUGACAUUUCUAAUUCCAGCAAUCGUCUUCUCAGAAGGUUUAAAAUGCUCCCUGCCUACUGAGACGUGCCUAAAUGGAGGAAGAUGUGAAGCCACCUCAAAUGGAAAUGGAGAGUGCAAGUGUUCCAGUGACUACGUAGGGGAUCGGUGCCAAUACCCAAACCCCUGCAGCCCGUCCCCCUGCCGCAACGGCGGCGAAUGCCGUGCUGUCUCCCAUGGCAACACAUUUGAUUUCCACUGCGUAUGCCGCCUGGGUUUCACCGAUAGACUGUGUCUAACUCCCAGGAACCAUGCUUGCAUGAGCUCCCCCUGUCGCAAUGGAGGAACGUGUGACCUUAUCAGCCUCAGCAGCUUCCGCUGCCGCUGCCCACCAGGAUGGUCAGGUAAAACCUGCCAGACUCCAAACCCUUGUGCUUCCAAUCCAUGUGCAAAUGGCGGCCAGUGCUCUGCUUUAGAUUCCAACUUCAAAUGCACCUGCCCUGCCAACUUCCAAGGUCAAACCUGCAAGCAGGACAUUAACGAAUGUGCCAUCAACCCAUCUCCAUGUCUCAAUGGCGGCUUCUGUGUCAAUGAAGUUGGCUCUUACCACUGCCGCUGUCCUCAGGAGUUUACUGGUCAACACUGUGAGACCCUUUACUCCCCUUGCAGCCCCUCACCAUGCCAGAAUGGAGGCACAUGUGUCCAGAAGGGAGAAACCACCUAUGACUGUAGCUGUCUCCUAGGCUUUACGGGCCAGCACUGUGAGCAUAACAUCGAUGACUGCCCGGGACACAGCUGUCAGAAUGGUGGUGUGUGUGUGGAUGGAGUCAACACCUACAACUGCCAGUGCCCACCUCAUUACACAGGUCAGUAUUGUACUGAAAACGUGGAUGAGUGCGAACUGAUGCCCAAUGCAUGCCAAAAUGGAGGAACAUGCCACGACACGCACGGCAGCUACCACUGUGUGUGCGUCAACGGCUGGACGGGUGACGACUGCAGCGAGAACAUUGAUGACUGUGCCAGCGCAGCCUGCUACAACGGCGCCACCUGCCACGACCGCGUGGCCUCCUUCUUCUGCGAGUGUCCACAUGGACGCACAGGUUUGCUGUGCCACCUUGAUGAUGCCUGCAUCAGCAAUCCUUGUCAAAAGGGCUCUAAUUGUGACACCAACCCGGUAAAUGGCAAGGCAAUAUGCACCUGUCCCCCAGGUUACUCAGGAUCAGCCUGCAACCAGGACAUAGAUGAAUGCUCCCUCGGUGCCAACCCUUGUGAGCAUGGUGGUCGCUGCCUCAACACGUUAGGCUCUUUCCAGUGCAAGUGUCUUCAAGGAUAUGAGGGACCUCGAUGUGAGAUGGAUAUUAACGAGUGCAUAUCUAAUCCCUGCCAAAAUGAUGCCACCUGUUUAGACCAGAUUGGAGGUUUCCACUGCAUCUGUAUGCCAGGAUAUGAGGGUGUGUUUUGCCACAUUAACACGGAUGAAUGUGCCAGCCAGCCUUGUCUUAACAAUGGAAAAUGCAUAGACAAGAUCAACUCAUUCCACUGCGAGUGUCCCAAAGGAUUUUCAGGAAAUCUGUGUCAGGUGGAUAUUGACGAGUGUGCCAGCACACCCUGCAAGAAUGGAGCCAAAUGUACUGAUGGACCCAAUAAGUACACAUGUGAUUGUGCCGAAGGUUACACAGGGCAGCACUGUGAGAUUGACAUCAACGAGUGCUACUCUGAUCCUUGCCACUAUGGCACAUGUGAAGAUGGCCUGGCCUCCUUCACCUGCUAUUGCCGCCCCGGCUACACUGGCCGGCUGUGCGAAACCAACAUCAACGAGUGUCUCAGCCAGCCGUGUCAGAAUGGAGGCACUUGCCAGGACAGGGAAAACUCGUACUUCUGUUCCUGCCCCAAAGGCACUGCUGGGUCCAACUGCGAGGUGAACCUGGACGACUGCAAGAGUCAGCCCUGCGACUAUGGGAGGUGCAUUGACAAGAUCAAUGGCUAUGAGUGUGCGUGUGAGCCGGGUUAUACAGGCACAAUGUGCAACAUCAACAUAGACGACUGUGUCAUCAACCCCUGUCACAAUGGUGGCACGUGCAUCGAUGGCGUCAACAGCUUCACAUGCAUCUGCCCUGAAGGCUACCAUGAUGUCACCUGUUUGUCAGAGGUGAAUGAGUGCGCCAGUAACCCUUGCAUCCACGGCCGAUGUCAGGACCUCAUUAAUGGCUAUAAAUGUACCUGCGACUCGGGCUGGAGUGGCCACAACUGCAAUAUUAAUAACAACGAGUGCGAGUCCAACCCCUGCAUGAAUGGAGGAAUAUGCAAGGACAUGACCAGCGGGUACCACUGCACAUGCAGAGUUGGCUUCACCGGACCUAACUGCCAAACUAACAUCAAUGAGUGUGCUUCCAAUCCCUGCCUCAACCAGGGAACCUGCAUUGAUGAUGUGGCUGGAUACAAGUGCAACUGUUUACUGCCUUAUACUGGUGAAAACUGUGAGACUCUGCAGGCCCCUUGCAGCCCCAGGCCAUGUAAAAACGGAGGAAUAUGUAAGGAGGCUGAAGACUAUCAGAGCUUUUCUUGCAUCUGCCCUGAAGGAUGGCAAGGUCAGACUUGUGAAAUUGACAUCAAUGAAUGCGUGAAGAGCCCUUGCCGCAACGGUGCUGUGUGUCUCAACACCAUGGGUGGCUUUCAGUGCAAGUGCCAGCCAGGUUACACCGGUCAAUGGUGUGAGACGGAUAUUGACGACUGCAAACCAAAUCCAUGCAGUAAUGGGGGGCUUUGCCGCGAUAGCGUCAACAGGUUUACUUGUACCUGCCUGCCCGGGUUUCGUGGCAGCCGGUGUGAGCAUGACAUAAAUGAGUGUGAGAGCAACCCUUGUAAAAACGGGGCUAAUUGCACUGACUGUGUUAACAGCUACACCUGCACCUGCCCUCUGGGCUUCAGUGGCAUCAAUUGUGAGAUCAACACCAAUGACUGCACCGACAGCUCUUGCUUCAAUGGUGGAACUUGUGUGGAUGGGAUUAACACCUUCACCUGUCUGUGUCUAACUGGAUUCACUGGAAGCUACUGCCAAUACGACAUCAAUGAGUGUGACUCUAAACCAUGCCUCAAUGGAGGCACCUGUCUUGAUGGUUAUGGGACUUACAAGUGCACCUGUCCUCAUGGCUACACAGGAGUCAACUGUCAGAGUCUUGUGCGCUGGUGCGACUCCUCCCCUUGUAAAAAUGGAGGUUCUUGCUGGCAGCAGGGAGCCUCGUAUACCUGCCAGUGUCAGACUGAAUUUACUGGCCUCUACUGUGAUAUCCCAAGUGUGUCAUGUGAAGUCGCUGCCAAACGGCAAGGUGUGGAGGUGUCUCAACUGUGUAGGAACUCGGGCCAGUGUCUGGAUGCUGGAAACACACAUUACUGCCGCUGCCAGGCUGGCUACACUGGGAGUUACUGCCAGGAACAGGUGGACGAAUGUUCACCUAACCCUUGCCAGAAUGGAGCAACCUGCAAUGAUUAUCUUGGAGGUUACAGUUGUGAGUGUGUCCCUGGUUACCAUGGUGUGAACUGUUCAAAAGAAAUCAAUGAAUGUCAGUCUCAACCCUGCCAGAAUGGAGGGACCUGCAUCGAUCUCAUUAACACCUACAAAUGCUCCUGUCCUAGAGGGACACAAGGUGUCCACUGUGAGAUUAAUUUGGAUGACUGCAACCCUCCCAGCGACCCACUGACGAAUGAGCCCAAAUGCUUCAACAACGGAAAGUGUGUAGAUCGCAUUGGAGGCUACCAGUGCUUGUGUCCGCCAGGUUACGUAGGGGAACGCUGUGAGGGGGACGUCAAUGAAUGCCUGUCUAACCCUUGUGACCCCCGAGGGUCGUACAACUGCAUCCAGCUUCCCAACAGCUACCGCUGUGAAUGUAGAACCGGAUAUACAGGACAACGUUGUGACAAGGUGUUUGAUGGCUGCAAGGGAAGACCCUGCAGGAAUGGAGGAACGUGUGCUGUUGCCAGUAACACGCCUCAUGGAUUUAUCUGUAAAUGUCCACCUGGCUUCACUGGGUCUUCUUGCGAGUAUGAUUCUCGCUCCUGUGGCAGUCUGAGUUGCAGGAAUGGUGGUACAUGUGUGUCUGGCCACCUGGGUCCACGUUGCUUGUGUCCCUCAACCUUCACUGGGCCUGAGUGUCUGACUCCUACUGACAGCCUCUGCAUCUCAAAUCCCUGCUACAAUGGAGGCACCUGCCAGAUGACCCCUGAUGCUCCCUUUUUCCAGUGCAGUUGUCCCAGUAACUUUAAUGGCUUACUUUGCCACAUAUUGGACUACUCCUUCGUCGGAGGGUUUGGCCGGGACAUCACACCGCCUCCAGAAGUGGAGGUGAGCUGUGAGAUUCCUCAGUGUGAUGAGUGGGCUGGUAACCAUAUCUGCGACUCGCUGUGUAACAACCAUGCCUGUGGCUGGGACGGAGGUGACUGCUCGCUCAAUUUUGAUGAUCCCUGGCAAAACUGCUCGGCUGCUCUGCAGUGCUGGCGAUACUUCAACAAUGGCAAGUGUGAUGGCCAAUGUAACAGCCCAGGGUGUCUCUAUGAUGGCUUUGAUUGUCAAGGACAGGAAGGGCAGUGCAACCCUCUUUAUGAUCAGUAUUGUAAGGAUCACUAUGCUGAUGGUCAUUGCGACCAAGGCUGCAACAAUGCAGAAUGCGAGUGGGAUGGCCUGGACUGUGCUAACAACUUGCCAGAGAAGCUAGCAGAUGGACAUUUAGUUCUGGUCGUCCAAAUUCCCCCAGAGCUGCUUAAGAACCGUUCUUCAUCCUUCCUCAGAGAGCUGAGCAACGUUCUCCACACUAAUGUAGUGUUCCGCCGUGAUGCAAAAGGAGAACCAAUGGUCUUUCCUUACUAUGGCAAUGAACAAGACCUGGUGAAACACAAUGUGCUAAAACGCUCUGCAGAAGGCUGGCCUGAGUGGACUUCAGUGCCAUCCAAUGUUUUGGGUCAGGUGAAGGAAAGUGUGUCCUCCAUGGUCAAUCAGCGGAAACGGAGAGAGUUGGAUCCAAUGCAAGUCAAAGGAUCGAUUGUAUAUCUGGAGAUAGACAAUCGGCAGUGCUACCAGCAGUCUACUGAAUGCUUCCAGAGCGCAACAGAUGUGGCUGCCUUUCUCGGAGCACUGGCCACCAGUGGGAACCUCAAUGUUCCCUAUAUUGAAGCUGUAACAAGUGUGAAACCUACUCCUAGCUCUACAGAGUUGUUCCCCAUGCAUUUGGUAUUCCUGGUGUUGGCUAUUUUGGGUUUCAUAUGCCUUGGUGUGAUAAUGGUUCAGAAGCGGCGUCGAGAGCAUGGCCAGCUCUGGAUGCCGGAGGGAUUUAAAGUAUCGGAGCCCAGCAAAAAGAAACGCAGGGAGCCAUUGGGAGAGGAUUCUGUUGGACUGAAACCUAUGAAGAAUUCAGACAGCAACCUUAUAGAUGACAAUCAAACUGAAUGGGGAGAUGAUGAUCCAGACUGCAGACACUUCAGGUAUGAGGAGCAGGCAAUGUUGGAUUUAAGUGAUCAUACAGACCAGAGGAAAUGGACCCAGCAACACCUGGAUGCAGCUGACCUCCGCAUAACAUCCAUUGCACCCACACCUCCUCAGGGAGAAAUUGAGAAUGACUGCAUGGAUGUCAAUGUUAGAGGGCCAGAUGGUUUCACGCCUCUGAUGAUCGCCUCCUGCAGCGGUGGAGGACUGGACACCGGCAACAGUGAAGAGGAAGAGGAUCCAUCAGCCGAAAUAAUCACAGACUUCAUUUACCAUGGAGCCAACCUCCAUAACCAGACUGAUCGCACGGGUGAGACUGCCCUCCACCUGGCCGCCCGUUAUGCCCGCUCAGAUGCCGCCAAGCGCCUCCUGGAGUCCAGCGCAGAUGCCAAUGUACAAGACAACAUGGGCCGCACCCCGCUGCACGCUGCCGUGGCAGCAGAUGCUCAGGGAGUUUUUCAGAUUUUAAUCCGAAAUCGAGCCACCGAUCUUGAUGCCCGCAUGCAUGACGGAACAACACCUCUGAUUCUGGCCGCGCGAUUGGCUGUUGAGGGCAUGGUCGAAGAACUUAUCAACUGUCAUGCUGAUGCUAACGCCACUGAUGAUUCUGGAAAAUCUGCUUUGCACUGGGCUGCUGCUGUAAACAACGUGGAGGCUGCUGUGGUGCUGCUGAAAAAUGGUGCCAACAAAGACAUGCAGGACAACAAGGAGGAGACACCGCUGUUUCUCGCAGCCCGUGAAGGCAGUUAUGAGACAGCUAAAGUUCUUCUGGAGCACUUUGCCAACCGCGAAAUCACUGACCAUCUCGACCAACUGCCUCGAGAUAUCGCUCAAGAGCGCAUGCAUCACGACAUAGUCCGCCUGCUAGAUGAGUACAAUGUGGUUCGGAGUCCUGGGCUGCACAGCGCCACCUUGAGCACCUCUACCCUCUCCCCUCCUCUCUGCUCCCCCAAUGACUAUCUCAGCAACCUCAAGCCAACCCCCUCUGGGAAAAAAGUUCGAAAGCCGAGCUCUGGGGGGAAAGGAGGGAAGGAUGGAGGGAAGGAUAUAAGGCUGAAGAAGAAGAAGCCAAUGGAUGGGAAGAGUAACUUAUUAGACACAACAGCUGUUCUGUCUCCUGUUGAGUCACUUGAGUCACCCCAUGGGUACCUGUCCGAUGUGGCCUCUCCUCCCAUGCCAUCACCUUUCCAGCAGUCGCCGCCUAUGUCCUUAAAUCACCUACAAGGCAACGGGGACUCCCACACAGGCCAGAUUAGCAUAGGUAAGGAUAUGAGUUGCAUGUCAUUUGAUCCCCCCCGCCUCACCCACUUACCUGUGCCCAGCCCCAGUAGCCAGGGCACAACAUCUGUGGGUGGCAGCAGAGGAGGCCAGUGUGACUGGCUGACCAGGAUGCACCCGGGUGUGAGUCAGCAGGGAAGCUUCACCCAGGGGCCACCGAUUACACACAACAUGAUGGGUGCCCUGCAUGGCGUCAGUACUGCCACUUUGUCCCAGAUCAUGGGUUACCAGAAUUUGCCAACCAGCCACCUGGGCUCAGCCGUGCACAUGAUGCAGCAGCCUCGCUCCAGGCAGCUGCAGCAUCAGAAAAAGAAAGGAGACAAAGCCCUAAAGGAUCUCACCAAUCAGCUGAAAAAAGUGAACGGUGAGAUGAAAGAACGGGAAAGUGCUCUGGAACAGCAGUACCAGGAGAUGCUGGAACAAACCAAAAGAAAGUUGCACAGCCACGAAGCCACCAUCCAGAGGCUCACAACCACACUGGCUGAUAAAGAGCAGCAGCUACAGGAUUACAUAAACAUGGUCAGAGACUUGGAGCAAAGCAAAAGCCCCGGGAGUAAUGACGGCAUGCUUACCAAGCUGCGGCAAAGGCUAAAAGAAAAUGAGAGCGCCCUGGAGCAAGCUCUGGAUGACAAAUUUGCUGCCAUUGAGGAGAAAGACAAUGAGAUCCACCAGCUGCAGCUGCUGCUCAGAGAAAAGGAACGGGACUUGGACCGGUUCAAUAACCUGCUCACUCAUAAUGAGGAAACCAUCAAUAACUUUGACAGUCUUAUCAAGGAGAAAGAUGUAGAGCUGCAACAUCUUGCCAACACACUGAAGAACCUGCAGAGAGCUAAGCAAGAUGUAGAAGAUAAUCUGAACAGAUCACUGAGGGAGAAAGAUGCCAUCAUCCACCAGCUACAGCUCUCCUUAGAGGGGAAGACUAAAGAUAUGGAAGAAAUGGCGAAGAGCGUUCUGAACCACUCACAGAGUCAGGCUCAGGACCUGGCCGAGCAGAGGGGCCAGAGGUUAAAGGUCACAGAAGCAAUGCUGUCUGAGGCUGUGAAAGCCAGAGAAAGACUAAUAGAUGACAAUGAGAGCGCUGUGGAGGGACUAUUGGCUACAAUUAACAGCAAGGACCAGCUUCUUAAGAAAGAUCAAAAUCAGGAAGGAUGUAAUAGACCGGAGGCCAGCAGCAGUGAUGAUGGUGAUGAUGAUGCAGGGUUUUCUCAGGAGUCUGCAGAGCACUUUAACCGCAUGCUGUCUGAGCGUGCUCAGGAGAUUCAGGAACUGAGGAAGCAGUUGGCUGAUAAGCAACAGGAGCUUGCCAAAGCUGAGAGGAAAAGCUCGUCAACAACCCAAGAGAGUUAUUUAGAGACGGCAGAACUAAGAACCCUGCUUGUGGAGAAAGACAGCCUCAUUGACAAGCUUUUGCAGCGAGGUCAGGAGAGGGACAAGUUCUUGGCAGAGAUGAGUCAGAAGGUCGACGGAGAUCACAUGUUGGAGCUUAGGCAAACAAUUCAGAUCAUGCAAGAGAAACUUGAGGAGAGAGAAGCUGACCUAUCAAGAAGAAACACCGAGGACAAUCAGGAGAACAUUCCAGUCUCCAAGAAAACAGUUGUUGUCCUGAAGAAGGAGUUGGCUCAGAAAACUGAAGCACUGAACAAAGCUCUGAAGAGGGAAAAUGAACUGAAGAUUUCUUUGGCUGAUCUCCAGUCACUGCUGUCUGAGCUCCAGGGUCGCAGUGAAGGUCAAGCUGCUAACAUCGAUUCCCUCACUGCUACACUGAAGACCAAGGAUGAGAUUAUUAAUGUUCUCCAUCAACGCCUUGGACAGGGAAGUGACAGCCGGAAUGAUUCUACUCAAGACCAUCUGAUUGGCUCCAACAUGGAUAGAUCUCUACCUGCAUUGCCUCAGAGAGAAAUAACCAUGAUAGGAGGAGACAGCCAGCAAGACGCUUUGCCCCAUCGUUCAGCCUUGCAGCAGGAGCAUGAUGCUCUAAAUAAAGCCCUGAGAGCUGAACAACAGCUGUACUCCAGUUUAGUUAGGACUGUGAAGGAGCCGGAUAGUGGCCAGCGUCUCCAUGCUCUGCAGCUGGAACUGACAGCAGUUCAGCUGCUCAGGCAGCAGCUAGAAGACAGCGUCAAAACUAAUGAGGAGCUCAGGGAUGAUUUGGAGAGAGAGAUACAGAGAGCCAAACUCAGAGAAGGUAUGGACCUCAUUGAUCCGAAGGAACUGGAGAGCAUGAGGCAUCAGCUUGAGGACGCCCAGCGCUGGAAUGCGUCCCUGCAGGCUCGCUUGGGAGCAAUUCAGAACCGUGGAGGAGGAGUUGGCGGAACCAGUGAUGGUGAAACCUUGAGUUUCAUUGGAGAUCAGACUUCUUACAUGAGUAUCUGUGUGGGAGAAGGGCCGGAUGAUAGCUUGCUUCAGCUUUCUCCUCAGGAGCUUCAGCGGAAGGUGUUGGAUUUGCAGGAGCAUGUCGCUGGGCUUCAGAGUUUAAACAAUGAGCUCCAGAGCAAAUUAUCGCAAAUGGAGAAGUCAGAGCGGGACGCUUUGGAAAGGGAAGACAAAGAUCUGACCAACAGAAGCCGGUUCAAACAGCAGCUCGAGGAGAUGUGUGAGAGGCAGCCACAGUGUGACGCUGAAAGGGAACGUCUUCCUGGUCAAGAUAAAGAGAUCCAGACAGAGACAAGCACCUUAAGAAAGACUGCACCUAGAAAUCUGCUUGGUGAUGAAAACAUGAUCAGCAGGUCCAGCCAGGGUAGAGAGUAUGCUCACUCUGACAGCACCCUGUCACACAGCGGAGACGACGACGGUGCAGAAAGCAACACAGAGGCUUUGGCGCAGACGUCUGAGCUGGCAGGGUUAGGGUCAAACUCUAUGCAACAUCAAAGAGAGGAACUACAGCGACUUCGAUCAGAAAAUCUGAAGUUGUGGGGUCUCCUGAAGGAACUGAAAUCCACCGAGUGUAAAGAAAAAGAGAGCGCCGAUGUCUCAGGGAGCAGCAGCGACGGGCAGGCUGAAUUAAGGAGGACUUUGGAAACGCUUCAGUCUAAUCCUAAACUUGUUUCCAUGGUCUUUAAAUCACCAAAGCAAACUACAAAGAAAUCAAGCAAAGCAUCAGCUGGCGAGACCGCCGUCACUAAUGUCAGCUCUGCAGAUGAGAAUCCGAAACCUCAAAGUAAAACACACCACAAGUCUCCAAAGCAGCAUGUCACAAGACACAGGGCUGGUGUCAAGUCUCGCCUCCCUGUGCCUGUGAGGCUCAGAGCAGAGGGCAGCACUAGCUGGCAGUCUGUGACCUCUGACCCGAUGCAGACUGACACACAGCAACACUCUGCUGUGGAAGAUGUUUCUGGUUCUGACCAGCAGCUGCAUACCAACUCAGAUUCAGCACUGCAAACCAGCGCUUCCCCUUCCUCCACCGUCAGACAUUCACACACUAGCUGCAGCCCUGCAGAGUCAGACGGGGGCUCUGAUGCCAGAGCACCAGUGGAUCACACCCACAGCGAAUCUGCUCUUCUUUCCCAACUCGAGCUCCUCCACCAGGAAUGCCAGGAAAAGGAGGUCCUGAUAAAUAAGAUGAGGGAGCAGCUCAGCGAUCUAGAGGAGCUGCAUGUUCAACUGGAGGAAAAGAAGAGACAGAAUGCCCAGCAGACUGUAGCCCUGCAGGCUGCGCAAUCCACCAUCGCUUAUCUGACAGCCUACAGUCUGGACAACCAGAGCAACUUUGGUCCGCACCCUAAUUCUGGCACUGUGGGUUCUGACGUUGACCUCCACAGUAGAUGCAUUGAGUUGCAGAAAUCACUACAGGAGAAGGAAGAGCUCAACAACCAGCUCAUUGAGCUCCUGAGCAUGGCAGAGAAAGCCGUCGCCUCUUCUCAGAGCCAAGAUCAGGAACCUGAAACAGAUGGUCUCUCUUCAUGGAUAGAGGGUGCUUUGCAUGAGGUUCACACACACUCGCACAGAGAUAGCCCAAAUCAAGCCAGCGGCCAAACUGAGAACUCUGUGCUUGAGUUGCAGCAGCAUGCAGACUCUUUGCAAAAAGCCCUUUUAGAACAAAGUAAGCUAAACGCAGAGCUCCAGGAGCAAUUAAGGGCUGCAAAUGAAGCUGCACAGCAUGACGGUUCUCAUUUAAAUGGCCCCACCUGGAGGCAAAGAGGUGGAACGACAGAGUUGCUUGAAGAUGAUGAAUCUAGGGAUGACCAAGGUGCAAAGAGAGGUUGUCAUAAUCCUGAUUUAAACCAAGAAAUGUUUAGUGUUGUACUGAAGUGCUUCAGUGCAACAGAGGCUGUUGUUUCCUCGUUAGCCGGCCACUGUAAAAACACAGCCUCCCCGACCUCUGAUAAAUCAGAAUUAUACGCCGACCUCCAGAAAGAUUUCGACAAUCUUCAGAGAGCGCUUCAAGAGAGAAACAAACUGACUGAAUCUGGAGAGCACGGAAGGAGAAGCAGCAGCAAUCUGUCCUUUGCCUCAUCAGACACAAAAGGGCUGAAGCUCUAUCAGGAUCUCUGUCACCUUCACAAGGUUCUCAGUGAUUACUCUCAAAGAGUAAAUGACCUCCAGGCCUCCGCGCAGCAAGAGAGAGGUCACAGAAGAGAGGGCAAGGUCCGCGGGGUCGAACACGAUGACAAGGGAUUACCACCAGAUGUUAAGCUCCAACUGGAGACGUUACAUAAGGCUCUGAGGGAGAAAAAGAAAGCAUACAAAAACCUGGAGGAGAAACUGGCCACUGCUCUUACCAGUACAUCCUCUACAGAAACUAUAAGAAAAGCAGCUCCUGAGCAGGGACACAAAAGCGUGCAGGUGGAUUUGCAGGACCUGGGUUACGAAACCAGUGGCAAGAGUGAGAACGAUAGGGAAGAGAGCAGUAGCACAGAUCUAGAUUUGGGGGUGAACCCUAGCUGCAGUGCGUCCAGCCUGCCUUCACUCUUGAAAAAUGAACAUGCCACCUUCUCCUCCACUGAAAACUUGGACUCAAACUCCAGCACUCCUUACCCAAGUUCCCCGGCUCUCAGCUCAGCCAAAGUUAGCCUGAAAAACUUACAGAUGUAUGAUGAGUUCGGGGCUUCAGAGGACCCUCUGCAGCUUCAGGCACAAGUAAGAGAGUUGAAAGCCCACCUAGAAAACCAGGCAAAGGUCAUCCUACAAAUGCAGAGCCUCCUGCACAGAAACUCCCUCUCCAGUGACGUGGCUGCAAACACCUCAGAUCCGCUCACUGUCAGGGAGAAAGACGGUGCACACAAAGUGGACUGCAGUCAAGAAAGGGUCGGGCAGCCGAGUGGGAAAAAAGAGGCUGAAAACCAGUCUGCUACGGACAGAGCCGGUGUUAUGAAUAUUGACCUAUGGAAAGAGAGAACACUGAACCGGAGCACAAACGAACAGCUGCAGCAAACCCGCAGCCGCUCAACGUCACCUGCUAGGCUUGAUUCUCUGGUAAAGUCUCAGGCCAGAGAGUUGUCACAGCUGAGGGAGCAAAUCAAGGAGAGCCGCAGGCUGGGAGUGUUGCAGCGCCGCCAGCUGGAGGAGCUGAGCAAGGCCUUCAAAGACCUGCUGCACUCUGGAGAAGUGGACCACUACAUGGGGGAGGUGGUGAAGGAACAGCUGAACAAGAGUCUGAACCUUCUGGACAAGCUGGACGGCCGGCUGGACAAAGAAGAAUCUCAUCCGGUUAGUGAGGAUGUUGCAGCUUUAGAACUGUCUCGCAGACUGGCUAAGGAGUUGCAGGAGAAGAAUCGACUCAUCCAGAGCCUCCAGAGUCAGAUCCACGGUCAGACUCCCAGCAGCCAUCGCAGUUCCCAGUCCGACCUGAGCCGCUCAGACGUGACGAUUUCCUCCUGCCACAGCACCACCACCACACAAGGCGGCAGUAGAGCGCACAGCCAGCAGCACUCUCCUGAGAACUCGGGAGCAGCCGUCUGUCCUGCAGGAGGCGCUCUGGAGAAAGGUGCGUCUCCUUUCUCCAGAGAUGCUUCCAGCAGUCUGCAGCGUCUGCAGAUGGAGAACCGGCGGCUGCAGGAGCAGCUGAGGAGCAACGAGGAGCUCAACGCCACCUUACGCAGCGAGCUGGACCUGCACUGCUCCAUUCUGGCGCAGCCCAGCCGGCAUCACCAAGAGCAGGAGCCAGGCCUGGAUCAGGAAGCCGCAGAGCCUCAAACGGGAACGCAUGAACAAGGUGGAGACAUCGGCUCACAAGGAGAAGGCGGAGAACAGCCUCGCACUAUGAAUUCAGACCUGCUGGCUGAACAUCUCCAAGAGAUCAGAGCGUUACGCCAACGACUGGAGGAAAGCAUUCGCACUAACGACCUCCUGAGAGAACAGCUGGAGAGGAAGUUGGCCAAGGUGGAGAAAGACCCAGCAGCCACAAACAUUUUUAUCCAGGGCAGCGAGGAGCAGGGUCAGCUGGUUAAUGAAGUUCGCUUCCUUUGGGAACAAAAUCAAGUGCUAAAAGAGCAGCUCAACGUGGGAUCUCGAGACAAGCAGAAGGAGAACGAGAAGCUGCGUGAGACUCUGGCGCGGCGGACAGCCAAGCUGGAGCAGAGCAGGAAGGAGAGUGAAGUUCUGCGGAAGGAAAACCUCAGACUGCAGGAGACGCUGGAGCAAAGCAGCCAGGAGAACGCGCUGCUGCAGAACUCCCUGCAGGCCAGCAGAGAGGAGCUGCGAAGGUUGCAGUGUGAGGUGAAGCUCCAGAGGCAGCAGCUGUCCGACUCCCAGCAGCUGCUGCAGUCGCUGCGAGUGGAGCUGCAGGUUUAUGAAAACAUCAAGAACGACUCCAGCCAGCAUGAACGCCGUCAGGAGGCACCGCAUCCUGUCCCCAUGUCGUCGUCUGGCUCGAUGAACCUGGCAGAGCUCCUGUCCGAGAUCAGACACCUGCGGCUGCAGCUGGAGAGGAGCAUCCAGACCAACACGGCGCUGCGGCAGAGACUGGAGGAGCAGCUGCUCAGAGGACCCGGUCACUCUGAGACCAUCAACAUCAACUACCUGCUGUCGUCUCCAGAUGAAGCGGGCCGGCCGCCGGGUCGGGAAGGCUGUGAUCCUCUGCUUCGAUCCUUCCGAACCCACGAGCAAACCAGUGUCUAUCAUGUCUCCUCAGAAGUGAAACAUCAGGCUCAGUCGGAGAACGACGCCGACUCCGUCUGCAGCAGCUCCGAACAGAGCGUCUCCGGCGCUCCUUCCCGGUUGGUCCCGGGCCACCGGAUGUGGGCCACCCGCAACGGGCGCCACGUCCUGGGUUUGAUCGAGGACUACAACGCCCUCCGCAAGCAGAUCUCAGAGGGGAGGAAGCUGUCACGGAACAUGGACGCACAGCUGCACGAGUGUCUGCACGCGCUCAGACAGCAGGGCUCUGACAACCAGAUGAGAGAAAACCAGCAUUUGAAGAGUUUAUCCAGCAGCAGCAACACCAUGCAGCAGGUGCUGGAGGAGGCCGGCCGGCUGCUCAAGCUGCUGUGGAGGGUCUCUCUGCCGGCUGCUAGCACAGCAGGGGGCAGCGCCGGCAGCCAGCAGGAUGAGCUGCUGAAGAACGAGAUCGCCAGACUGAAGAACAGAUUAUCUCAGCAGGAGAGGAUGCUGAGCGGAGCCGUGAAGCGCCUGCGGACCACCAACCAGCUCAAAGAGGGGAUGGAGAGAGUCAUCAUUGACCAAUUGUCUCUGACUCAUGGAGUGUUGAAGAAAGCUCGGGGGAAUUUAGAGACAAAUUACUGCACCCUCUUUGGGCAGAAAGGCCCGUCUGGAGGAGCAGGUGCAGGAGGUCCCAGUCGGUGUGCAGUAGUGGAGGCUGAGCAGAGAAGUUUUCCUAUUUCCAGUCUGACUGCAGACAGAGACUCUGAUUUAUCGGGUGGAAACAGCGCUGCCUCUUCGUGCUGCAGCGACUGAACCCAACGGAGCUCCUUCGUUUCAACCCGACGUUACCCAGCCUUCAUGUCCCGCUGUAAAACCGUCACCUUGUCCCCCAUAAAUCCAAGCCUUUUUAUACCUGAAUUGCACAACUUUUGCCUUUAUUUUAAUUGUGGUACUAAAGCUGUAAAAGUUUAUUUUAAAAACAAUGCCUGUGUAAAUAGCCAUCCGUGCAAUGCAGCAAAAAUAUUUUCCUUUAUCAUUUUUUAUAUGACGAAAGUAUUUUACUACUGUUUUAGCUUGUGUAGCAGCUACUGUGAGACAAAUAUGUUCAAAUGCAGUAAAAAGUAUCAUGAUGAUGAA